AAAUCUGACGGAAAACCGAUGGCCAGAUCACAGUUGCCUUCUUCGCACGCCCAAAACCCAGUCCUCUGGGCGAUUUCAGGUAGAUAUCUGAGGGGCAAGUGGUGAGGUUUGUCAAUAACAAAAUGUUGUUCUGAAAUGUAAAGGGUAGGCUCUGGUUGAUGCAUAUAUUCUUAUGAGUCAGAAAACAAAAGGGUACCUAGAGAUGUAUUCACUGCCAACAAAUUUUGUAAUUCUCAUGUUCUUAUUCUUCUUCUACUUUGGAGAUGUUCUUGUGCUAUCUCUCCGUACGCUUUCCAUGGAUCCUUGCAACCCCACAGCCCAACAGGAACAACAAACUCUCAUCUCGGAUCAACUAACAGUCCUCAUCAAUGGUUACUCCGAGUCUCGCAUCCCUCUCCUCCAAUCCAUCGUUGCCUCAUAUGCAGCCUCAUCUUUGGUCUCCUCCAUUCUUGUACUCUGGGGAAACCCUUCCACCCCAUCCCAAACCUUGGCACAACUGGCCCACAAUCUCACACAAUCCUCAUUUGGGUUCAAUGGCAUCUCUGUAAUCCGCCAAACAUCAGGCAGCCUCAAUAAUCGGUUCCUCCCCAGACCCUCAAUUAAGACCCGAGCAGUCUUGAUCUGUGAUGACGAUGUUGAAGUUGACCCUAAAUCCUUCGAAUUUGCUUUUAAAAUGUGGGGAUCAAACCCAGACCGUCUGGUUGGGUUCUUUGUCAGGUCACAUGACAUAGAUUUAUCAAAGAAAGAGUGGAUUUACACCAUUCAUCCAGACAAGUACUCAAUCAUGCUCACAAAGUUUAUGCUUUUGAAAAGCGAGUAUUUGUUUCGGUACAGCUGUGAAGGAGGACCGGUCAUGGCACACAUGAGGAGGAUCGUGGAUAAGAUGAAUAAUUGCGAGGACAUAUUGAUGAAUUUUGUGGUGGCGGAUGAGGUUAAUUCAGGGCCUAUAUUGGUGGGGGCUGAGAGGGCUAGGGAUUGGGGGGAUGCACGCAAUGAUAAUGAUGAUGGUGAUGGUAAUGGACGGCACAAAUUGAUUGGGGAGGUGGCACAGGUGGGUUUGAGUAGUAGGAAAGGAAAGCAUAGGAAGAGGAGAGGGGAGUGUAUAGGUGAGUUUCAUAGGGUGUUGGGGAGAAUGCCUUUGAGGUUUAGUUAUGGGAAGGUAGUCAACUCUGUUGGUGAACAAGGGCUGUGUCAAAAAGGGGGGAAAUUGGUGUUUUGUGAUCAGUCAUAGUUGUUUUAUUUUUCUUCUUUUUUUUCUGGGAGAGCAGAAAUAUUGAAAUCUUAGAAGGAUUAAAAUCUCAUAAGUUGUAUGAUGGAUUGCCCUUGUUCUCCAUUCCAUCAAAGGAGCAAAGGGCUAUUGUUGUUGUUAUUGAGUUCAUAUUUCUGUACUUUCAAUACCAAAUAAUUCUGAACACAGUUGCUACUAUGUUUUACUCUAAAGCGACUUGAGGCAAGGCUUGAGGCUCUUUUGAUGGAAAACAAGGAGUUUGCAGAUGCUUUGAACGAAGUCCCAUGGAUUUGCUGUGCAAAAUCAUGUGAACGGUGCUGAUGAAGUCUCCAAAGCAGGCCUGCAAUAUGUGGGGACAGAGUUAGAUGCCAUGAAAUUCGUUGCAGAUGCUCACGGAAAGCAAUCCUUGAAGUUGCAGAUAUUCCUCAGCUGAUUGAACAGCCUAGCCUACCGAUCAUGUUGUUGAGAAUUGUCUCGUCAUAUUCCAUGAUCGAAGGAAGACGGAUGCGGUCCACCCUGCAACUUUAGAAACCAUUUACAACGUCGGCAAAGCCGUGGGCAGUCUCUAUAUUAGUUCUGUCAAGAUAAUGGCAUGAGAUUUUCCAUUUUUUUGUUUGUGGGAAGCUGCUUGUUGUUGCUGGGUUCAUUUGUUCCACAGUUUCUGUAGACUUUGUAGUUGAGAAAGAUCAACCAAAGAAAAUGCAUACAGGCUCUGAGGCUUUGUGACUGUUGUUGUUGUUAUUUGACCCAAUUGAAUGGCUUGGGCUGCUUCUGGAUUUACUA